CGACCAUGACCCAGCAGGGCGCGGUGCUGCAGAACUACAACAACGAGCUGGUCAAGGGUAUCGAGGAGCUGCGUCAGAAGCGGGAAGAGUUGCGCCGGCAGAUCCAGCAGGAGGAGGAGGAGAAGCAGCGGCUGCAGAAUGAGGUGAGGCAGCUGACAGAGAACCCGGCCCGAGUCAAUGAGAACCUGGCUCGCAAGAUCGCCUCUCGGAACGAGUUCGAUCGGACCAUCGCGGAGACAGAGGCAGCCUACCUCAAGAUCCUGGAGCGCUCGCAGACUCUGCUUAGUGUCCUGAAGAGGGAAGCAGGGAACCUGACCAAGGCCACAGCCUCGGAGCAGAAGAGCAGCGGAGGCAAGGACAGCGGAUGA